CCACACUGAAGCUGGUCUCAGCAUAUUUAUUCAUCAUGAUCCAACACUGAUAUCACCUCGUACAACAAAGGCUUCACCACGAUGACUUCAUCAGUGGAUUCGCACUGCGUUCCACCUUUUUAUGCAUGUUAUUUAUUGCGUUCAUAUGCAACAAGUACAUCUGCUCGAACUUAUAUCGGAUCAACUCCAGAUCCGGCCAGAAGAAAGAAACAACAUAAUGGUAUAUUAUCACAAGGAGCUCACAAGACGAAAAGAGGACGACCAUGGGAAACGCAAAUGCUAGUAUACGGUUUCCCAAGCAAGAUUGCUGCUCUUCAAUUCGAAUGGGCAUGGCAAAAGCCUCACAUGUCAAGACAUUUGCGUACGCAUCCUCCAAACUCUGACUCGCAACAGCCAUGCUCAUCACAACAACAACAGCAUGUUCCACUUCCGCUUUUCCAAGAUACGCCUUUAAACCAGAUCGUAAUUGGGGAGGAUGGAUGCAAGCCAUUGCCGUGUAGUUCAGUCCAAACGAGCUUAUUGGUAGCGCGGGCUUUGCUGAAGAGUGAACCGUUUGCUGGUUGGGGAUUACAAAUUGUGUUCUUUGAGGAAUAUUUAUGGGCUGCAUGGAAUCGAUUGCAGGCUGCAUAUCCUACCACAAGAUUACGCAGAGCUUUACCUCCGCAAGAUGUUUCACCCAACACCGUGUGCGAUUUCUCAGGCGUAGACAGAGGGAGAAAGAGUAUGUUGACAUUCACUGAAGGGGAAAGAAAUGCGGCUAAACUCGAGACAACCGCCUCCGGCAAAACAAAGGGGAAGGCAUCUGCAGAGGCAAAGCCACCCGGUCAGUGGCCAGAGAAGCUGCCAAAGACUUUGAAUGUGCGUUCGAUGGGUGGUACUUGGCAAAUGCUGGAAGCUGCCCCGUACCCUGCUAUAUCUUGCAAUCAAUCGACCACCUUACCACAAUUCCACCUGGACGAUGAAGAUAUGGCCUUCCAUUCUUUCAAACGCUUCCGGAGCAUAUUGGAUGCGAGAUCACUCUCGGUAGAAGAUAUUCAACCUUUAUCAGCUACAGUGGACAACCGAAGAAAUUCUGAUAAAGUGCAAAGCAAAUGUGGCUUGUGCAGCAAAACUGUCGAUCUUCGGGACCACACAAGCUACACUCUUUGUCCUAAGUAUCGGCACUGUGAGUCAAUCUUCCACAUUCGUUGUCUGGCCGAAUCGUUCCUCAAACAGAAUAAUCAGAAAGGAAAGUUUCUAUUACCAACACAUGGGUAUUGUCCGAAAUGUUUUUCGACAAACGGGCCAUCUGAGACUGCACGCUAUACCGUAAGCACAUGGAAUGAAGUGAUUCGAUGCACGUUUAGACGACGUGAU